AUGAUGCCGGAUGAGGCUCUGACUCGACCACAUGCGACGGCUUCCACAAAAUCUUCACAUCCCGCCUCGAACCUGGGCUCAUCGCCUUACGGCACAUCCAGAAGCGGUCACGAGGCGGGAUUUGUGCAGCCGUCGUCCUACCUGCGACCGAGAGCUGCCUCCCGACCAAUUGCUCCUGUUGAAAGGCCCGUUGACCGUGAAGAACGACAAGCUCUGUGGCAUAUCCGAGAUUUCUUGAAAAGUCACACCAGUUAUGAUGUUUUACCUCUCAGCUUCCGCCUUAUUGUGUUUGAUACUUCCUUGUCAGUCAAAGAGAGUCUGAAUAUUCUCAUACAAAAUGGCAUCGUUUCCGCUCCUCUUUGGGAUUCGCACACGUCGACAUUUGCCGGCUUGCUUACCACCUCCGACUACAUAAAUGUUAUUCAGUAUUAUUUUCAGAACCCUGCCGCGCUGGCGAAAAUAGAUCAGUUUCGGUUAAGCAGCCUCCGAGAAAUCGAAAGAGCACUUGGUGUUGCUCCGCCAGAAACGAUCUCGAUCGAUCCCGAAAAGCCCCUUUAUCAAGCAUGCCGGUACAUGCUAUCUUCAAGGGCGCGUAGGAUACCGCUAGUGUCAUACGACAGUCAGACCGACAGACCUCUCGUUGUCAGCGUCGUCACACAGUAUCGAAUUCUGAAGUUUAUGGCGGUUAACGUGCCCCAGACGCAGAGCCUACGUAAACCACUUAAAGAAAUCGGCUUGGGAACAUACAAGAAUAUUGUUACGGCGUCAAUCGAUACGCCGGUUAUCGACAUUAUCCAUAAGCUGGUUGAGCGCAGCAUCUCCAGUGUUCCAAUUGUCAACUCGGAAGGUGUUGUCUACAAUGUGUUUGAAGCCGUUGACGUCAUCACGUUAAUAAAGGGAGGAGUUUAUGACGAUCUGAGCCUCCCCGUCGGAGAGGCACUGAAAAAGCGUUCACCGGAUUUCCCCGGUAUCUAUACGUGCUCUGUUGAAGAUGGCCUCGAUACUAUUCUCGACACCCUUCGGAAAUCUCGAGUUCACCGGUUCAUCGUAGUUGACGAAUUCUUUCGACUAAAAGGCGUUCUUACACUCAGUGACAUCCUUCACUAUCUAGUCAUCGAGGGUGAACUGGACGAACCUUAA